CGGUGUUAAACGCGUUCAAAAACACAACGUUUAGGAGUAACUGUAGACGCUGUUUUCAACACAGCAUUUCCCUCCACAAAUCACCCAAAGGUGAUAUUGAUCUGAAAUAUCAUGCUUCAGUACAUGGAGGAAUGACAAUUUGCACAUUGUAGUGGACUCCAAUGACAGAGACUGUGUUCCACUUUUCAAAGGUAUUCCUUUGACUGGAAAAGACUAGUUUCCAGAACAGCCAUGAAACCGCCAGGUGAAGAUGAGAAUCGGCGUCUGGGCACAUUGUUGCUCAACACCCUGGAAAGAGAAAUGCGUCUUUGGAGGGCACCAGUCCUGAAGAACGGUUGCAUUCAGAUCACCAUUUUGCUUAGGAAUUAUCCUUUAAAAUGUACAAAGAGCAAAAAUCUGGGUUCCAGUGAGGCACUUACAAUGGAGGGUUCAGAUAUCAGUCCAUCUCAGUACCAGGAGGUGAUUGUGUGGAUGCAUGAAAUGAGCUGCAUAUUCCAGUUCUGCUCAGAGACAUUUGCUUUAGGAGUGUGUGUUCUCAACCGUUUGCUUGCAACAGUCAAAACUCAGCUGAAAUACCUCAAAUGCAUGGCCAUCACCUCACUGAUCCUUGCUGCAAAAAUCAAUGAAGAAGAUGAGGUGAUCGCAUCGGUUAAAGACCUGCUGGAGCAAAGCGGAUGCAAAUUCUCAACAGCAGAGAUUCAUCGCAUGGAACGAAUCAUAUUAAACAAGCUGCAUUGGGACCUUUACACUGCAACACCGAUCGAUUUCAUUCACAUCGUAAGUAGCGGCUGAUGCGUCCACUUUGUUGUAUUCUGACCAGAACUCAACAGUACAAAAAGCACGAGAGAACAUACAACCAUUUUGAGGUGGCCAUUGCAAACAUUAGCAAAAAUUAAGAUUUGGUCCUUGACGUUGUUGUACAUGUGAAAAUCAGCAGCUGCUGGUGAUUGUGCAAACCUUCAUCACCAGCAAGCUACAGUAUCUUUAGGGCAAUAAGAGUUGCGUGCAGUGCAUACUUGACCAAGGCACUAAUCUGGCUUGUACUGUAGCAGUAAAGCAGUUAGAUAACCCUGCAAAGGAAGGGAGGAAAGAUUUGGUUAUUCUGUAUUCACUCUCCUAUACAAUUAAACUCUCAGAAAUAGGAAUAAUCUUCCAUUGGAACACUGAAUCUUUCCUUCAUACUGGCAGGGUUGUGCUCCUCAAUUUGAAUUGAGGUAGCAAACAUGCAGAAUCGUAAUUUAAUUGAAGGAAGUUGUAUUAAAAUGGAUUGAGAUUCAUGUAGGUGCUGAAAGUGUACUUUGUAAUAAUACUGCCUGCAAGGGCAAAACGUAGUAACUACUACAGCUGGGUAAAAAUUGAUUUUCCGAUUCAUCGUGAUAUUCAUUUGCACGAUCUCAAUAUUGAUUCUUAAAAUCCCAAGAUCUGUCCUUUACUGUCUUAUAUUUGUAAAGCGCAUUUGAAGCCAUUUUUCUCAGUUUCAGUGUUGACGUAGUUACUAGGGCUGGGCGUUAUGGCUACAAAAAUUAUUUCUAUUUUUCAGCCUAUUGACGAUGUUCAAAAUAUAUCUCAAUUAUGUAUUUGAUCUGAAAUUAUUAUUUUUUUAAUUUUUUUUUACUAAAUUAACACAAGGGUGAAAAAGAUAAUCAUUUUCACUGAGGCACUUUUAGAUUUAUAUCUUAUAUACAAUUAUACAUACACCCAGUCAAGUUUAUUAUAAUAUAAUACUGAAUUUAUAAUUAUUAUUUUGAGGAUUAGAUUUGUUUCAUAUAGAAGUAAUAUAUUUCUUUCCAAUUUACUUCACCUUCACCUGGAACUUUUAUUUUGACACUUAAAUUGCAGUUUGUAGUUUACAAUGUUCCGCAACUGGUGAAACGCUGAUAUCUCCUACUUUUCUGUUAUACUGUGCUGCCUUUUUAGAUUUGUAUAAUAACUUGUAGUGGUUACUAAUGUUGGGAACUGUGCAAAUGCUUCAUCAUGCAGUACUUUUGUUUCACAAUGCAUGUGAAGCGCUUUAAAAGUGCUAAAAACAUGAGCCCAUGAGCUCCUCGCAUGCACAGAUCAGCCCGUCACCCAUUUAUUCUGAAGCAAAGCACGCACAGAACAUGCCAAUCCGUCUGUAGUCACAGCCUUUUACAUUUUUUACAUUGCCAUUUUGAUGUUAAUAAUUGUGAAAUUAGUCUACUGAUUCACUCUUUAUGAACUUUAUUGGACAAAUAAAAAGCACAUUAGAAUCAUUGCGAUAUUCAUGAAAUUGCUUAAUUUUGUAUCGUCAGCAAAAUCAUUGUGAUUAUAUCGUGAAUAUUUUAUAUAUUGCCCAGCCCUAUUAGUUACUGCAUUUUGACUUGGUUGGGAAGAAUACAUUUCACUUUCAGUAUAAAUUACCCAUAACAAUGUUAUCAUACUCACAACCUGUGUUGAAUGUCUUUUGAAUUGCAAUUCAGUAAAUUUUUCCUCCUUUUCCCCCAAUUCAAAUUCCGAUUCGACAUUCUGUGUAGCUAAUUCAAUUCAAAUUGACACUCAUGAAUCGAAAGGGAGACUGUUCUAUAUUUGUAUAUACUUAAAUUCUAUAUUUUGGCCAACUCUGCUUAGAGGGGUUCAGUUAAAAUAGCAAACAAAAUGAGUGAUGUUCUUGGCACGAGCUAGUGUAACACAGUUGGUUGAGGCAUUUAGCAAUCAAACCAACAAUUAACAUGGAAACAACAGUUAAGAAUUUUGCACCCAGGGUUUCAUUGCUCCUUGUCUAAAUGAACAAUGUGCUACAUGGCUGUUUUGGCACAGCACAGAGGGGAAUAAAAUGGCCAUUAGAAAUGUAAAGAACAUGGAACGAGACCCCAUUAAAAAAAAUACCUCUGAUUUUAAAAGAAUUUCUCCUGAAAGACCCUGAAAUUAAAAAGUAAUUUUAGUAAAGAAAAAAUAAGUGAAACUCACGAAACCUGUCAAGAACACAUCCGGGUCAUAUUUCACUACAAAAUAAAAAGAAUUCAGAAUUUAAAAUGUUCUUAAAGAAAAUGAAGCCUAUUUAAAGAUCAUUUUUUGCAUUGUAACAUUAUUUUCAUGACAAUUAAGCACUUUCCCCCAAAAUUCUCAUUACCACAGUGCAAAAAUAAAUCCUAUUUUCAUUGUUUUUAGUGUUUUUAUAUACCAUGGUAGUGUUGUACUGCCUUUAAUUUAUGCUGAUUUAAAUGUAAUAUUUUUUUUUACUUUAAAAAUAGACACAAUGCAAACAAUCUUGAUGGUGUUGAAAAUGUGCUUCAUUUCCUUCAUGCAAACUAUAAUUUCUUAUUUUUUUUCCCCUUUUGAUUUUAGGGAGAAAUGUGACCUGGACAUAUUUCCAUGAGAUUCACCCAUAAAAGCCAUAUAUACACCGAUCAGUCACAACAUUAAAACACCUGCCUAAUAUUGUGUAGGUCCCCCUCGUGCCGCCAAAACAGUGCCAACAGCAUCUCAGAAUAGCAUUCUGUGAUUAUCUUCUCACCACAAUUGUACAGAGCGGUUAUCUGAGUUACUGAAGACUUUGUCAGUUUGAACCAGUCUGGCCAUUCUCUGUUGACCGCUCUCAUCAACAAGGCAUUUCUGUCCUCAGAACUGCCGCUCACUGGAUGUUUUUGUUUUUGGCAUCAUUCUGAUUAAAUUCUAGAGACUGUUGUGUGUGAAAAUCCCAGGAGAUCAGCAGUUACAGAAAUACUCAAACCAGCCCAUCUGGCACCAACAAUCAUCCAUGUGAUUAUCUAAUCAGACAAUCGUGUGGCUGCAGUGCAUAAUCAUGCAGAUACGGGUCAGGAGCUUCAGUUAAUGUUCACAUCAACCAUCAGAAUGGGGAAAAAAUUUGAUCUCAGUGAUUUAGACCGUGGCAUGAUUGUUGGUGCCGGAUGGGCUGGUUUGCCCUGUUGAGAUGUGGGUUGGCCCUGUUUUGGUGGCACAAGGGGGACCUACACAAUAUUAGACAGGUGGUUUGAAUGUUGUGGCUGAUCGAUGUAGAUAUAUAAUGUCAUAUAAUACUUAGAAUAAUUAAAUAUAAUUGUUUGUGAAAUGAAAAAAUAUCUAAUAGCAUAGAAAAAUAAAUUUCCAUAAAACUUCCCAAAUAAAUAUCCAUUAUGUAUCUUCCUGUAUUAGGUCCAUGUCACUCACUCUUCCCUUUGAUAAGUAAUGUGAAGACACUCGCAUACAGUCAGAUACAAAGGAAAAAUCAAACUUCCUCAGUACACAUUUAACUAUACUGAACAAUCAUGUCAUUCCUAUUCAAUCAACAUGGCUUUUUUUCAGUCAACAUGAAAUCUAAAUUGACAACAUUUACUUUUUUAAUGCACAUUCCUGCUCCUAUUGUGCACGAUACUUUAGUGCACAUUAUUCAAAUAAGAUGUUUGUUUUCAUGUUUCAUCAACCUGUAAAAUCUUGCUCCACCACUGUAAAUACAAGAGCUGUCAAUCAGAAUUUUAAUUGCAGUUUCAAAAAGACCCCCAAAUGAAGAUAAUUUGGGACAUAAGGCUACAUUAUUUUGGAAGAUUAGUCAAUCAUUAAAUAGACAUUACAAAAAGUUGCUUCAGAAUUCAACAUAGGCCUAUUUUUGGUUUUAUUUCCAUAUCAUUGAACAUAAGCCUAUCACUGACCUCCAGUCCAUGGCAAUCAAACUUUCAAGCUCUCAGAAGUGUAGAGUUAACGGCCAUUCACACAGGAUGCGUUCUUGUUUUCCGUCUGUGCGUUUUUUUUUUUUUUUUUUUUGUAUCCCCUUUUUCUCCCCAAUUUGGAAUGCCCAAUUCCCACUACUUAGUAGGUCCUCGUGGUGGCGCUGUUACUCACCUCAAUCCAGGUGGUGGAGGACAAGUCUCAGUUGCCUCCGCUUCUGAGACUGUCAGUCCGCGCAUCUUAUCACGUGGCUCGUUGUGCAUGACACCGUGGAGACUCGCAACAUGUGGAGGCUCAUGCUACUCUCCACGAUCCACGCACAACUGUGUGCAUCGUCCAGUUGUUUUUAAAAGUGAGAAUGCAUCUUGUAUGAAUGGCUCUUGUCUCAUUCUGUGCUACCUGCUAUCAGUGAGUGUGGUUUGGUGAGGGUUUUUAUGUGUGUGAAUUUAUUUUUUUAUAUUACUUAUUAACAAUGCAAUAAAUUGACAGCCCUAGCAAAAAUAUCACAUUAUGGACAAACAUUGUGUUACGAAUGCCAUUUCAUGUUGACUUUAACUUAAUGUCCUGCAUUCAAGAGAAUCACAACUGUUACCUGGAUUGAGUUGUAGAACCAUGAACUGAACAUGGCUCCUCUUCAGUAAACAGAGCAAGACUAAAGGUCUUGUAUUAUAUGUAAAAACAUGGGACCUUGUUUAUUAAACACAAGCAGAACAGUUUGUAUGUAAAUCAUUAGUAACCAUUCGAUAGGAUAAUUAAAUUCAAUGAGAGAAUUGAUGUAAUGGAUUAAAAAAUGAUUUGCAUGCAGAUUUGAUCUCUUUGUUUUUCUUGAAUAACACUUUUCCUAACCAGACGUGAUGUGAUAAAACCACAAAUGAGAAAGGGUAUCUCUUCCAUGUAAAUCUGAGUCCUAACCAGCCACAACUGCAAUGAGCAACAGGGCAUUUUGUCCAGUGUUUGAUUUCUAGAGAACGCAACAGUCGGGUUCCGGAAGUAAAAGUCCCAUUCAUUUUUUUUCUAUAGGGAAAUUGUUUAUUAACAAUAACUUAAACCUUUAAAGAUGGACCUACCAUGAGCUUCAAGGUUGUUAAUCGAUGGUGUAUAUACUUCUGUUGAGGCCAUUAGUCUGCUUAUUUCAACUUUAAUUUUUCGAAAUCAUGUUAAAUAGCAGUAUUCCUGGUGAGGAACUACACUACCCAUAUUCUCGAACAGAGAUGGACCAAUCAGAAAAUUGCAGCCAACAAAGCAUGCCAAAGGAGCUCUGCAGUGAUCGAGUUGGUCUUCCUACACUCUCAAACUACUUGUAUAUUUGCAAAUAUCUAAAUAUUAUGUUUUCUCUGCUUACAAUCAACAACUUUAAAUCCAAUAGUUUUACUUUUUUCCAACAUUUUGAAUUGAAUUAAAUGGUUUGUAGUUCACUCCCUCAUUAACGAUGUUAAGUACACAGUCUUGUGCCUUUUUUUUUGUGAUUUUCAAAUACUUUUUUAUUUCAGAUCAAAGUUUGUAAUGUUGUGAUUCAUCUCAGAGCUGGUUGAUUUAGUUCAUGUCUUAGAACACUUAUGAAAUCCCUAUUAAUUAAAUUAAGGGGAAAAAUACCUUCGGAACCAAGAUGGCUGAAAAAGUGUUGCACCCUGUUUCUGUGGUGUCAUGCCCGGUAGGCCCACCCACUUUGAACUGUAAUUGGACCAAAUCCUGCUCCACAUAACUGGACAUUAAACAUGAAAUAUGUUCUGAUUGGCUGUGAUUGUGCCACGUCGUGCAGCAGUUUUGCGUUCACUGCAGACAGAAAAAUUGCUUGUCACUGGAAUCCUAUCGUGUCUUGUUAGAGACCGAGACUAAAGAACACAGAACAUUUCAACAUUUCAAGUUUUCACAUCCCUCUUAUGAAGGGUUUAACACAGAAAUCGUUUGUCAAGAGAGUUCAAAUACACACCCACACCUCUGUAGUAAAUUAUUGGAGUUUUGGUGUUGUCUCUAUUGGUUGAGCUUUUAUUGGUUGAUAAUGUGUU